UAUUUUCAAUGGGCGUUGUUUUUGUUGAAAUUUUUCAUACUUUUCCAAUUUUUUCCCCGGAAUUAAUUAAUUAUUAAAAUAAUAAUCUGUUUACCGAGUACGAAUUCUCUUAGUACGUUGCUAUUUCUACGAUUAGAUGUAAAAGUUUAUUUUAUAUUACGUGAUUACAUUCUUGAAUUUGAAGUCGUUGACGUUUCAUUCAGCUCUAGCUGUGUUUGCGAGUAAUUUUGCAUAUCGCCAAGAACCACGCCUCUUCAGGUGAAUUAAUUUGAUUAGAAAAAUGUCACGAUCGAAAAUUGUCAGCGUUGUUAAAGAACCAAAUAAACCAUUGGGUUUGACUGUAGAACAAGACGAAAAUGGCAAUUUGAUCGUGGCCCGAAUAUUGGCUGGGAGUGCGAUAGAAGUAUCCAAGGUUUUACAUCCUGGCGAUGUGAUCCUCGAAGUGAACGAAGUUAAUGUAAUAACUCCUGAAGAUUUGAUGCACGAGGUGUCCCAAAGCAAGAAUACCAUUAAGUUUAGAAUUGCUCCAACUGGCGAAGCUGAUCACGGAUUUAAACCUCAAAAAUGCCACAUGAGAGCUCUAUUUCAUUACAAUCCUGCCGAAGACUCGUUAAUACCGUGCCCGGAAUUAGGACUGGAAUUCAAAAGCGGAGAUAUUUUACAAAUUUUAGAUCAAACAGAUCCUAUUUGGUGGCAAGCUAGGAAGGUUGAUGAUGAUAGUGGUCGUAUUGGAUUAAUCCCCUCUCCCGAUCUGGAAGAAAGACGAAAGGCGUACGUGCCUCCGGAGGCUGACUACGUUCAUAAAAUUGGCAUUUGUGGUACAAGAAUUGCUCGAAGAAAAAAGAAGAAAAUGUAUCAAUCCAAGUGGAACGUCGAGUUCGAUAAAGCCGAGUUACUGUUGUACGAGGAAGUCACUAGAAUGCCUCCUUUUAAAAGACGCACUUUAGCUCUUGUUGGGCCAUCUGGUGUUGGACGUCGUACGUUAAAAGGUCGUUUAAUUAAUAGCGAUCCGAACAGGUUCGCUGGAGUUAUCCCAAUUACAUCGCGUCCCCCUCGCGAAUUGGAAGAAAAUGGUAAAAAUUAUUGGUUCAUUGAUCGCGACGAAAUGGAAAACAAGAUCAGGCAGCAUAAAUUCUUGGAAUACGGAGAACACAACGGUAAUAUAUACGGUACCAGUUUAGAUUCUAUCAGAAACGUUAUCAAUGAAGGAAAAAUGUGUGUUUUGGAUUGUAGUCCUCCUGCUCUAAAAAUACUUCAUAAUUCGGCCGAAUUUAUGCCAUAUGUUAUUUUUAUCGCUUCUCCUGGAAUGGAUGAGCUGAAAAAUUUGUACGAUUAUGGACGUUACAACGGUUAUUCGACCAGAACCUUGACGUUUGAUAGACAGAGUUCAAUCAGAUAUAGUUCUCGUCGUGCUCGUACUUUGGAAUCGUUGGCUUCUUUGUAUCAGGAAGAGGAUCUGAAAAAAACUUUAGAAGAAAGUAGCUGUUUGCAAAGGACUUACGAAAAGUAUAUCGAUAUGGUUAUCGUGAACGAAGACUUCGACGAAACAUUCCGCAAAGUGAACGAAGUAGUUAAUGGCUUGGCAAAUCAGCAUCAAUGGGUACCAGUGAACUGGGUGUUUUAAUUGAUGCGGUGUUAAUGCACUGCAGCUAAUUGCACUAUCGACUGAAUAUUAAGUAGGAUAUUCUCUACAUGUAGCAGUAUUUGUGAUAAUUAUAUAAUCACCUUUCGAUUGUGGUUAUUUGUUAUCUCGGGAGUUUUUUUUCCAAAUAAUUCCCCCCCUCUCAUUUUUAUACUAGAUAUGUACUCGAAGUAUUUAGCUUACAACUGCCUGUCGAAUCUUGUUUAUUAAUAUCUGCUAUCGAAUAUUAAUUUAUUUUUUUUUAGUAAAAUAUGUAUUGCGAGAAAUCUCAGUGACCGUUAUCGAUGCGGUAUUAUUAAAAAUUUGAAUACGAUUCGAGGAAAAAUUUGUAUAAAAAAGUAUUAGGUAAUUUAUUCUGCAAAUCUUUCUAUCACCAAUUCUGCCCCGUUUUUUUUAAAAAUCUGUGAUAAUGUUUGCCAUUUUGUUUUCCAAUGUUGAAUUUUUCAAAAAUUCAAGCUUUCAAUUUUUCAGCAUUAUACAAGAAACGCUUACUCACAUUUUAAACUAAUUUAUUACUGCACUUUUUGAAUUGUUAUGUUGGAAAUAAUGAUCUUUCGUGUUUCAAAAAAAAAAUUGAGAAUUUAAAUUUUUUACUGUUAUGAACGUGUAUUACCUUCGUAUUAUAUUUAUAGUGGAGAAUUGUUAUUCUUUAUAUUGUUAUCUUGUGUAUGACUUUUAUUUUCAUUAUUCCGUCCAUAUUAAUUAAGAUCUAUGAAAAUUUAAUGAGCACGUUUCACCUAUUUAUUGAAAUCUCAUUUUUAUAUUUGUACUUUUUUUUUUAGUUGUAUUAAAUGCAAUUUAUUCGUAAA